CGCGCGCGAGCCGGGCGAAGCGAACGCCCGCGCCAGUCGUUCACGCGCAUAUAUCGGUCGCAUUCUCGCGUCGAGUCGUGCCGUCGCGCGCGCGCGAGCGCCUCGCGCUCUUCGCGCCGUACCGAUCGGUGACGUCGACACGCGCCACUUUAUUCUAAUCUGAGUGAGGGACACGCGCCGUCGGUUGAUUUCAAGAUGUCGAGCGGCGCGCUCGAGGCGAAGACGAAGGGAGACUUCUACUGGAGCAAAGACGAUGAGCCGCACGCGAGGCGCCGUCGCGAGAUCCUCGCGAAGUACCCGCAGAUCAAGGACCUGUACGGCGCCGACAUGUGGUCGUUCCCUCAGAUCGUGGCGGUGGUCUUUACGCAGCUCGCGGCGGCGUACUACCUCGGGAACAACGCGCCGAUGCCCGUGCUCGUGUUGGCGGCGUACAGCCUCGGCGGUUUCGCCACCGCGAACUUGUUCCUCGCGAACCACGAGCUGUCGCACAACUUGGUGUUCGAGAACACGACCGCGAACCGCGCGCUCGGGUUGUUCGCGAACCUCCCGGUGGGGAUCCCGUUCUCCGUGGCGUUUAAAAGGUACCACAUGGAGCACCACCUGUUCCAAGGUCACGAUGGCGUGGACACGGAUAUCCCGACGAAGGGCGAGGCCGCGGUGUUCUCCGUCGGCGGUGCGCUCCUGAAGACGGUGUGGGUCAUGGGUCAGCUCUUCUUCUACGCGCUUCGGCCGAUGUUGGUGUCUCCCAAGCCGAUGAAAGCGUGGGACUGUCUCAACCUCGUCACGCAGGUCGGGUUCGACUUCGCGUUCGUGUACCUCGCGGGCCCGAGGGCGAUGCUGUACCUCCUCCUCUCCGUGUUCCUCGGCGGCGGUCUGCACCCGAUCGCGGGGCAUUUCAUCUCCGAGCACUACGUCUUCGAGCCCGGACAGGAGACGUACUCGUACUACGGCCCGCUCAAUUUCCUCGUGUACAACGUCGGGUACCACAACGAGCACCACGACUUCCCGAAGGUGCCGGGGAGCAGGCUGCACAAAAUCCGCGAAAUCGCGCCGGAAUAUUACGAUACUUUGAAGUACCACACGUCGUGGACGAAGGUGAUCUUCGAAUACAUCAUGGAUCCUUCCAUGGGGCCGUUCUCGCGGACGAUGAGACGCAGAAAGUCGGCGAAGUCGGACUGACGCGCGAGGCGCAUUGUUUGCCUGGUGAUAUUGCUACUAUAAGGUGUUCUAUUCUCUUUAGGUGCUAGAGCUAGACUAUUCUUUUCAUACGUAAUACAGUACGCUAAUAAGACUC